UCUCUCUCUCCCCGCAGUAAACCUGUGGAUGUACGUGUACAUGGCGGUGUCUAAGAGCGGCGGCGGCGGCACGCUGCGGGACCUGCAGCUGGCUCUGCAGCUGAAGAUCGAGGAGCUGCGGCAGAGAGACUCUCUGAUCGACGAGCUGGAGCUGGAGCUCGACACCAAGGACGAUCUGAUCCGACAGCUGCAGGUCGAGCUGGACCGACAGCGAAGCGCCUCGCGGCACGCCGCCAACGCAGCCGAGACGCCAAGCACAGGAGCAGCAGUUCAGACUCCAGCAGCGCCUGAUGAGCCUCAGCGCAUGAAGAGACAGGCCAUCUCUGCAGAGCCCACCGCCAUGGACCCCUCCCAGCUCACUGACGUCACACUCAAAAGCUACGGCAAGAACAAGGAGUCCAGUGAGCUGAUCCAGAGGGCUCUAAUGGACAAUGACUUCAUGAAACAUCUGGAACACGGGCAGAUCCUGACCAUCAUGGACUGCAUGCAUCCCACCAGCCUGACCAAAGGCUGCUGCGUCAUCCAGGAGGGAGACGACGGCUCAACCGUCUACGUCCUGGAGGAGGGAAUGGUCGAGGUGACUAAACAAGGAAAGAAGCUGUGCACCAUCGGUCCGGCAAAAGUGUUUGGAGAGCUGGCCAUCCUGUACAACUGCACUCGCACAGCAACUGUCACAGCGCUGACUGACAUCAAGCUGUGGGCGAUCGACCGACAGGGUUUCCAGACCAUCAUGAUGAGAACCGGUCUCAUCAAACAUUCCCAGUACAUGGACUUCCUCCGCAGCGUUCCCUCGUUUCAGUCGCUACCCGAGGACAUCCUCAGCAAACUGGCUGACGUGUUGGAGGAGACUCAUUACAGCGACUGUGAUUACAUUAUCCGUCAGGGAGCCACCGGAGACACAUUCUUCAUCAUCAGCGAAGGACAGGUGAAAGUCUCUCAGCAGGACUCACCUGGAGACGAGCAGGUGGUCGUGAAGACGCUCGCUAAAGGAGAUUGGUUUGGAGAGCAGGCUCUGAAAGGUGAGGAUGUUCGUACCGCCAGCGUCACGGCUGUGGGAGACGUUACCUGUCUGGUCAUUGACCGAGAGCUGUUCAAGCAGCUGAUUGGAGGACUGGACGACGUCAACAACAAGCAGUACGACAGUGACGAGGUCAAGGCAAAUGUGCAGGCAGAGGCGGAUUUCUUCUCCCGAGUGUCUCUCAGUGAUUUCAACAUCAUCUGCACUCUGGGCAUAGGAGGCUUCAGCCGCGUGGAGCUGGUGCAACUAAAGAAUGAUCCCAACCGAUCGUUUGCCCUGAAAGUUUUGAAGAAACGUCACAUCAUGGACACCAGCCAGCAGGGCCACAUCCUGUCUGAGCGCCGCAUCAUGAUGGAGGCUCACAGUCCUUUCAUCAUCAGGCUUUAUCGGACUUUCAGGGACUCCAAAUAUCUGUACAUGCUGCUGGAGGCGUGCCUCGGAGGAGAACUGUGGACGCUGCUGCGAGACAGGGGAUCGUUUGAUGACGGCAUCACUCGCUUCUACACCGGCUGUGUGGUCGAGGCUCUGGCUUUCCUGCACUCCAAAGGGAUCAUCUACAGAGACCUCAAACCUGAGAACAUCAUCCUGGACCACCGAGGAUACGCCAAGCUGGUGGACUUUGGCUUUGCUAAGAAAGUGGGUCUGGGUAAGAAGACGUGGACAUUUUGUGGGACUCCCGAGUACGUCGCCCCGGAGAUCAUCCUGAACAAAGGCCACGACAGCUCCGCUGACUGCUGGUCUCUGGGAAUACUGGUCUUUGAGCUGCUCAGUGGCAGUCCUCCCUUUUCCGGCUGUGAUCCCAUGAAGACGUACAACGUCAUCCUGAGAGGCAUCGACAUGAUAGAGUUUCCCAAGAAGAUCACCAAGAGUGCCGCUAACCUUAUCAAACGGCUCUGCAGGGACAAUCCUUCAGAGAGGCUGGGAAAUCAGAAAAAUGGAGUGAAGGACAUCCAGAAACACAAGUGGUUCGAAGGCUUCAACUGGGACGGCCUCCGCCAGGGAACCGUGGCCUCUCCGUUCACGCCCACGGUGGCCGGGCCAUUGGACAACAGCAACUUUGACUAUUUCCCAGAGGACGCAGAAGAGCCUCCUUCUGAUGAAGAGUCUGGUUGGGACCUGGAGUUUUAGCAGGACGUAAUGAUCGUCUGAACAAUGCCUUCUCACUCCCAACUCGUCAAAUACUGACUCUUGGCCAGUGGCUCGACGCAAAAAUCCCCCUUUAGUGUCUGUAUGGAACACACCGGGCAGCGAAUUUACAAAUCCUACUAUGGCCACUCCAAGACCCGCCCUUCACACACUACAUUUGGCCAGGCGUCCAUGCUUACGCAA